AUGUCGUCCGGUUCCAUUCGGAGGGGCAAUGGCCAUAAUUAUUUCGCCAGCUCCGAUGACUCCAAGAUCUGUGUGGUCAUGGUUGGCCUCCCAGCCAGAGGCAAGAGUCUCAUUGCUGGAAAAGCUAUGCGAUAUCUUGCCUGGGUUGGCAUCCCCGCUCGGGUAUUCAACGUCGGCAGCUACCGUCGUGCAGGCACGCCACAGCCCAAUGCGAACUUCUUCGACCCUCAUAAUACCGAAGGCGAAAAAAUGAGACGCGCCGCCGCCGAGGCUGCGGUGUCUGAUAUGCUCCAGUGGUUUCAGUCCGGGAAAGGCGUCGUAGCUAUCUUGGAUGCGACCAACUCUACGAAAGAGCGACGGCGCUGGAUCCAUGAACGCUGUCAGGAGGCAAACGUCGAAACAUUAUACGUCGAGUCAAUAUGUGAUGACGAAGACUUGAUCAUGAACAACAUCUUGGAAGUCAAGACAACGUCGCCGGACUACAAGGGGCAGGACCCGGAAGUUGCUGCUCUCGAUUUCCGUAACCGCAUUCGCAAUUAUGAGAAGGUCUAUGAGACCAUUGACGAUAACGAGAAGCACUUCACCUACGUCAAACUCAUCAAUGUCGGAUCGACCGUCAUCAUUAAUCAGAUUAAGGAUUACCUUUCCAGUCGGCUGGUCUACUACAUCCAGAACCUUCACAUCAAACCUCGCUCGAUCUGGUUGUCUCGACACGGCGAGUCAGAAUAUAAUCUAACGGGGAAAAUUGGCGGCGACUCUAACAUUUCAGAGCGAGGAGAGGCAUACGCCCGAGCGCUGCCCGGGUUAUUAAAGAAGUCUGGGGUUCCACCCAACACCAAGAUCGUUAUUUGGACGUCAACUUUGAAACGUACGAUCCAAACAGCUCGUCAUCUCGCUGCGGAGACGGGCUUCGAGAAGCUAGAGUGGAAGGCGCUGGAUGAGCUCGACUCCGGGGUCUGCGACGGACUCACGUACGAGCAGAUUGCGGAGAAGUACCCGGAAGACUUUGCUGCGCGCGACGAGGACAAGUACAACUACCGCUACCGGGGUGGCGAGUCAUACCGCGAUGUGGUCAUCCGGCUAGAGCCAAUUAUCAUGGAGCUGGAGCGUAGCGAGAACGUCAUCAUUGUCACGCACCAGGCCGUGCUGCGCUGCAUCUAUGCCUACUUCCUCAACACGCCGCAGGAGCAAAGUCCCUGGAUGGAGGUGCCGCUCCAUACGCUGAUCAAGCUUACACCGCGCGCAUACGGCACCGACGAGCAGCGCUUCAAGGCAGACAUCCCCGCUGUUUCGACAUGGCGGGCGAAGGGCACCGGUUCCGUGCUGGCGUAUGGGGAUCGCGUCCUGGCGGGGCUGAAUAAUGGGAGUUUGAGGAUAUAUCGGGUGAAUGAGGAGGAGGAAGAAGAACAACAACAACAUGGAAACGGCAACGGCAACAGCAACGGAGAGACAGGGAUAAUCGCGAACGGGACUACGAACGGGAACCGGGAGCAACAACAGCAUAGCAAGAAACCCACGGAGCUGCUCCGGGAAGUGGAAAAGUUCUCGCGGUACAAGAUCGAGCAGUUGGCGUUGAUUAAGGAGGCUAAGGUGCUUGUUUCUCUGUCUGGGGGAUAUGUGUCGUUGCAUGAUCUGGGGACGUAUUCGUUGCAGGAGCAAUUGGGGAAGACGAAGGGGGCGACGACGUUUGCGGUGACGUCGAAUAUUGAGAAUGAUUCUGAAACGGGCGUGCCUGCUAUUGUGUCGAGGGUGGCGGUGGCGGUGAAGAGGAAGAUAAUGGUGUGGGUGUGGAGGGAUAUGGAGAUGGAAGCGGGCGGGCCGAUGGAGAUGACGCUGGUGAGUGGGAUUAAGACGUUGACGUGGGUGUCUGGGACGAGGUUGGUGGCUGGGUUGGGGUCUGGGUUUGUCAUGGUUGAUAUUGAGGGGGAUGGUGGUGGGACGGUGACGGAUUUGACUGGUCCGUCUGGGAUAGGGGGGUUAGGGGGUCAGGAGAGUACGGGGAGGUUGGCAGGGGUGGGAGUCGCCAGUAUGAGUUAUAUGGGGCUUGGGGGCAGUGCGCCGAAGCCGUUGGCGACGAGGUUGAAGGAAGGUCAGGUGUUGCUGGCGAAGGAUAUCAAUACGCAUUUUAUUGACGUGCAGGGGAAUUCGCUGGGGAGGAGGCAGAUACCUUGGAGUCAUGCGCCGGCGGAUAUAGGGUAUUCGUAUCCAUUUCUGCUGGCGCUGCAUGAUGCCUCGAAGGGGGUGUUGGAGGUGCGGAAUCCGGAGACGUUGUCGCUGUUGCAGUCGGUGCCGUUACCGUCUGCCAGUAUUAUGCAUAUCCCGCAGCCGACGAUUAGUCUGGCGCAUGCUGGGAAGGGGUUCUUGGUAGCGAGUGAUCGGACGAUAUGGCGGAUGGAGGCGCUGAGUUAUGAUACGCAGAUUGACUCGCUGGUCGAGAAGGGGUAUCUGGACGAGGCGAUCAGUCUGGCUAGUAUGCUGGAGGAUGCGCUGCUAAGGGAUAAGCAGGGCCGGCUGCGCCAGAUCAAGCUGGAGAAGGCUGAGGGGCUGUUCAAGAUGCGAAAGUAUACUGAUUCGAUGGAUCUGUUUACGGAAAUAUCUGCGCCCCCGGAGACGGUUAUACGACUGUAUCCGAAGAUCAUCGCCGGGGAGCUGUCGUCGAUUGUCGAGGAGCCGGAGGAGUCCGAAGAUGGGACGACAGAUAGCCAGUCUAAGACGCAAGAGAACAAUAGCCCUGCGGACGCGCCGGCUGCGGAGGAGCCGCCAGCACCAAAGACACUCUCGCAUGCUCCGUCUGUGAUGUCACUUCUGCGAACGCGGACAGAUGAUGCCAGCGAUGCGGGCAGUAUUCGGGGCAAGGUCGUCGAGGAUGCCAAGAGUGACAAGGCGCUGGAAGGGGCCGAUCUCAAGCUGGCUGUUCGUGACCUGCAGAGGUAUCUGGCGGAUGUGCGGAGACGGUUCCAGCGCUUCCUGAACCCGGAUGGCACGCUGAAGGUGGUCGAUGCGACGACGGACGGCGCGAACGAUGCGUUGACGGACUCGGUCAUGAAGCUGCUGAGUAUUGAUCCGGAGGGUGAGUAUGAUCUUGGGGAAAAGCUGCGGGAAAAGGCAAGACUCGUGGACACGACUCUCUUCCGGGCGUACAUGUACGCGAUUCCAGCACUGGCAGGAUCAUUGUUCCGCAUUGCCAACUUCUGUGACCCGGAUGUGGUGAUGGAGAAACUGGAGGAGACAGGACGUCACAACGAUCUGAUUGACUUUCUGUAUGGAAAGAAGCUGCACCGGCAGGCGUUGGAGUUACUCCAGAAGUUUGGACAAGCCGACGAGGAAGAAGAGACAGCGCCGCAGCUGCACGGACCGAAGCGAACAGUCAAUUAUCUGCAAAAUCUGUCUCCAGACCAUAUUGAUUUGAUUCUCGAGUUUGCUGAGUGGCCGGUACGCCAGGAUCCUGAGCUGGGCAUGGAGAUUUUCCUGGCAGAUACGGAGAACGCAGAGACGCUGCCAAGAGAGCGCGUGCUAGACUUUCUGCAGGGCAUUGAUGUCAACCUGGCUGUCAGAUACCUGGAGCAUAUCAUUGGGGAGUUGAAUGAUAUGACACCAGAUUUGCAUCAGAAACUGCUCGUCCUUUACUUGGAACGACUGAAGAAGCAUCAGGCGAAAGAGUGGGAGUUUUCUAGUCUGGAUGACUAUUCCAGCUCCCAGUACUCUCCAGCCAAGAUUCUGGAUCGACUGGAUCGGGACGAUCCCGAGUUCUUCGAGGCACGUGCGAUUGUCUUCAGCAAGAUGGGACAGCACCGGCAGGCACUGGAAAUCUACGUGUUCAAGUUGGAAGACUACGUCAAGGCCGAAGAAUACUGUAAUCAUCUCCAUAAAGUGGAGGAUACGACUGCUGCGGAUGGAGCGGCUUCGCGCUGUGUAGCUCUACUGCCGUAUGAGGAUGAUAAACCACCGAUUUAUUUGACUCUAUUGUCUCUAUAUCUAUCGCCGCCGCAUGGCUACAAGCCACGGUACGGGCCCGCGCUUGAGGUGCUGGCCAAACAUGGAUCCCGGCUGCCACCUAAUUCUGCUCUGGAUCUGAUCCCGGAAACGCUCCCGGUCAAAGAGCUCGAGUUCUAUUUCAAAGGCCGUAUGCGGGCCGCCAACACAAUCCUCAACGAGAGCCGGAUCGUGGCCAACCUGCAAAAGGCAGAAGACAUCAAGACGCAGGCGCAAUUGUUGGUAGGAGAGGGGACGGACGGGCGAUCGACGCGCUCGCGACAUGUCACCAUUACCGAAGAACGGGUCUGCGGCAUCUGCCACAAGCGGAUCGGAGGCAGUGUGAUUAAUGUGUUUCCGGACGAGAUAGGUCACCUUCUGAGGGACGGCGUCGGCGGAGGGGAGCGGGGAAGAAAUGCUGUGCUCGAAAACAUUCAUUGUCUCCGAAGCCAUCUAUUCGCUCACAUCAUGUUGCGCUCGCCGGUGUCGCCCGAGCGAUCCUCGUCUCGCUCACCUCUUCCUCCACCUCCUCAUCAUCCACUUUCACAGCCCCCUCGCCGCUCCUUCGACGACUUCUCCUACGCCCGCCCUGCUUCCUCAGGCAGUGAUGCCUCGUCGAUUACUUCCAAUGUGACCACCAUCUCGCCGCGUCACUCUGCCUUCAAUCCCGGUGCCGUGUCGGUGACCUCCUCUCCUCGUCCUCCACGUACCUCUUCCAUCACCGCCAACACCACCGCUCCUCCUCCUCCCAUCUCGACCGCCACCACAAAUACUACCUCCUCUUCUUCUUCUACGAUUCGAUCCCCCGUCUCCUUCAUGCCUCAUGGUGAGAUCCUGAGCAGGAAACCGUCGGGUCGUGGUGGCCCGCCGGAACUGCAGAGACGCUCUCGUCACCACUCGCAGGGCUUCUUCGAACCGUCCCUCCCCACCGCAUCCUCCUCCGAGGCUACCAUCUCCGCUUCCAGAAUCGCAGCCCAGGCGGCCAUGCUUCAGCAACAGCAGACCGCUCCUCAGAAUCCUCCUAAGCGUCCUCCGCCAGUGCGGGGUGUAUCAGAAGACGGUUCUCGGUCCCGACGAGGCGGAAGCGCUUCCCCUCCGCCCCCGCCGCCUCCAGCGCCGUUGUUUGCGCCCCCAACAAGCGCGGGAAGUGCGUCCGGGGCAUCAUAUCAAAGUGGGUCUACAAAUGGGAAUACACAUGCCGCAACGACGGCGGCAAAUGUGGUGUUUCCCCGGAAUCCAGCGCUGCAGCCGCCCGGCCUGGAGCCGCCCGUAGAGCGGGAGCACAAGCACAAGGGCGAGAAAUCGAAGAUGAAGCUAUUCUCGAAACCGAAACAUAUUGGGAUCAGUCGGGAUAAGGACGGGAUCAGCAAGGACCGCGGCCUGCCGUCGCCGAGUAAGAUGGGUUUCCCGAGCGGAGGAUUAUCGCGGAUCGUGAGUGCGUCGACGACGAGCUUGGCUGAUACGUUUCCCUCUAAUAACUCGUCACUCUACAACUUGUCGAAUGCGUCGGCAAGUACGGUGGUUCCGGCCGAUAAGCCGGUGGGGAGUGAGAAGGAGAAAGAGAAGGAUAAGGAUAAGCACAAGCAUCACUUCUUGUCGCGGCAGAAGUUGAAGCUGAAAGACCGAGAUGAUCAUUACAACCUGCCGCUGUCGUCGGCGUCGAGUAACUCGAAACCUUCGGAUCCGAAUGCCCCUCAGUCGCUGUAUUCUUUUACCCCGGCUUCGCCUGGUGCGGUCACGACUACGUUUGGGAAAAGCGUGAGCGGCUUGGACCUGCUCCACGGGUUACGAGAUAAGAAGAAGGAAGAGAAGGCGUUAGAUUCGGAACAGCUGGAUUGGGUGGCUAACUCGUCGGGACCUGCGCCGGGGACGUUUGCAGGGCCAUCGUCGCUGGGCAGCUCCACGGGAGUUCUGGCAGAGGCAGCUCUUCGAGAGACCCUCCAGGGCUUUGGACUGAAUAACAUGACGCCGGAAGAUGCGUGGGACUUUCUCAAGGCCAAGCUUAUGGUUAUCUUCGACGGAGAGGAUGUUCGUAUCGCCAUCGAGGAUCUCAAUAAGCUGGUCCUCAUCCAUAUUCAGCGUUGCGUCCAGAAACGCAUGCCCACCGCAGUGGUAGACGACUUGCGCGAGCUAUUAGAGACUGGAUGUGCAUCUUUGAACCAUACGCUGAACGGCAUCCCCGAUGAGAAGCUGGUCCCUCACCUGGUACAAGUGUGGAUGCUCGUGUUUGGCACGAUCCUGCCCUUCAUCCAAGCUGUCUUUCUGCCCCUAGACCUUGAGUUCAAGGGAUGCGGGUCCGUCAUGAACCGCCGCGAAGCCAGUGAGUUCUGGUCAUCCACGUUCAACGGCGAGUACCCCGGUUGCGAUCUGGACGUGCGCAACCUCGUUCUGAUUGCCUUCCGCGACAUGGUCAUCCUCUACCGGUAUGACGUGCUAAAGGCAACCUUCUCCCGUUUGAGUCUAGACAGCAUCAAGCUCGGCACGGCAGCGCUGAGCGUCACGACCAAGAGCAGCAGCAACAGCGCACGGCCGACGACAUCGGCCUCGCUGGACGGCGGGUUCGGCAGCUACAGCUCGCAGUCGUCGACGCUCCUCAACGCCGCGAACAGCUACUCAUCUGACUCGCUGGACUGCAACCGCAGCCGGGCGGCGUCCAACACGUCCAACCCGGACCAGCUGAUUUUCCAAUCAUUCUCGUCACCGACGCAGCGGCCCAGUAUCAUCCACCGGUCCUCGCACACAGACACGUCACACAUCAUCACCGAGACCGUGGGACGGAUGCUCCAGUGCGUCAGCGUGUUGGCCAGCGUGCAAACCGGCGAUCGAGCACAAGAGCAGAUCGAGCUCCUGAGCAAGGAGCUGAAGCAUAACUGGCUAGGCCGUGGACGCACGGGACGAGACCGGCGUGGGUUCGUAGGGACGAAGAUCCGGCCGGCGAUAGUAGCCCGCACAGACAGUGAUGAUUAUAUGAGGGAUGGGAUGGAGGAUUACGGGCGUCGGGAAUUAAGUGUGUUGUGA